GCUGGGGGUUUACAAAGUUCAGCCAAUCACAUCACACCUACACCCGGUUGCCAGGCAGAGUAUGCUAAUGAGCCCCCGCCCGGUCUGCAGCUCCCACUCUGCGGCGGGAAGAACCACCUGGAGGCGGCGGGGGGGGUUUGAUUUCCAUCACCCCUGGGGAGAACGGAUCGGGGACCCACCGGCUAGUUGGCUCCCCUCACCCCACAUCGUGUACACUAAAGGCGGUUCACUGGAUCUUCCAUGAUUUAAAUAUAUGGCACUCAAAUGAGGCUUUUCUGCCUAAUGUCACUCUAGGGGCCAGCUGUCCUAGAGUCACCGAAAAGCAGUGAGAUGGACUCCAAAGCUGAAGGUUCACAGGUGUGGUCUACAUCUGCCGAACAUGAACAGAAUACUGCACAGGUGCACUUUGUUCCUGAAGGUGGAACGGUAGCUCAGAUUGUGUAUGGUGAUGAUCAGGACCGUCCACCCCAGCAGGUGGUCUACACAGCAGAUGGGGCUUCUUAUACUUCAGUGGAUGCCCCUGAGCACACCCUAGUUUAUAUCCAUCCUGUGGAAGCCACACAGACUCUGUUUACAGACCCAGGCCAGGUGACUUAUGUCCAGCAGGAUGCCACAGCUCAGCAGGCCUCAUUGCCAGUCCAUAAUCAGGUGUUACCUCCUAUGGAGGGUGUGGAUGGGUCAGAUCCUUUAGCACCUCUGCAGAACCCCAUGGGUAGACUGGAGGCAAAAGAAGAAGAGGAGGAAGAAGAUGAGGAUGAUGAGGAUGAUGAGGAAGAUGGUGAAGACACAGACAUGGAUGAUUGGGAGCCAGAUCCACCUCGGCCAUUUGAUCCUCAUGAUUUAUGGUGUGAAGAGUGCAAUAAUGCACAUUCUUCAGUAUGCCCAAAACAUGGGCCCUUACAUCCCAUCCCCAAUCGGCCAGUCCUUACCAGAGCAAGAGCCAGUCUGCCUCUGGUACUCUACAUAGACCGAUUCCUAGGAGGAGUGUUUUCCAAAAGGCGUAUUCCCAAACGUACCCAGUUUGGCCCUGUGGAGGGGCCCCUUGUCACACAAUCAGAACUGAAAGACUGUUAUAUUCAUCUAAAGGUUUCUCUUGAGAAAGGGGACAGGAAAGACAGGGACAUGCAUGAAGACCUGUGGUUUGAGUUAUCUGAUGAAGCACUUUGUAACUGGAUGAUGUUUGUACGUCCAGCACAGAAUCACUUGGAGCAGAACCUGGUGGCUUACCAAUAUGGUCACCAUGUUUAUUAUACAACAAUAAAGAAUGUAGAGCCCAAACAGGAGCUCAAGGUGUGGUAUGCUGCAUCCUAUGCUGAAUUUGUAAACCAGAAGAUCCAUGACAUUUCUGAAGAGGAAAGAAAAGUUCUUAGAGAGCAAGAGAAGAACUGGCCUUGUUAUGAAUGUAAUCGUCGAUUCAUAAGUUCUGAGCAACUUCAACAGCACCUCAAUUCCCAUGAUGAGAAGCUGGACUUCUUUAGCAGAGCAAGGGGCAGAGGCAGGGGGAGAGGGAAGAGGAGGUUUGGCCCAGGACGACGGCCAGGUCGGCCUCCAAAAUUCAUGCGCUUGGAAGUGACCAAUGAAAAUGGUGAAAAGUGUGAGGAAGGAACACAGGACUUGCUGCCUUUCUCCAGCAAGGGGCUGGAAAAGUUUGAUGAGGAUGGACAAGCUCCCUUGAAUGGUCUGGACCAGCAGGAACAAACCCCUGUGCCGAUCCCUCAGUUGCCACCCGAAACACAGCCUGCUUUGGAACAUCCACCAGAAACCCACCCAGUGCACCUGCAGCCCCAACAUGAAGAGAGCACCGUGCCCACCCAGAGUACUAUGACAGCUGAUGAUAUGCGUCGAGCCAAACGCAUCCGGUUGGAACUGCAGAAUGCGGCUCUUCAGCAUCUGUUUAUUAGAAAAUCCUUCCGGCCUUUUAAGUGCUUGCAGUGUGGAAAGGCAUUCCGUGAAAAGGAUAAGUUGGAUCAGCACUUGCGCUUCCAUGGAAGGGAAGGAAACUGCCCUUUGACUUGUGACAUUUGCAACAAGGGUUUCAUCAGCAGCGCAUCCCUGGAGAGCCAUAUGAAGUUCCACUCAGACCAGAAGACUUAUUCUUGCAUCUUCUGUCCAGAAUCCUUUGAUCGCUUGGACUUGCUGAAAGAUCACGUAGCUAUUCAUGUCAAUGAUGGCUAUUUCACCUGCCCAACCUGUAAGAAGCGCUUUCCAGAUUUCAUUCAGGUGAAGAAACACGUACGCAGCUUCCACUCAGAAAAGAUUUACCAGUGCACAGAGUGUGACAAGGCCUUCUGCCGUCCUGACAAACUGCGGCUUCACAUGCUCCGACAUUCAGACCGGAAAGAUUUCCUAUGCUCUACCUGUGGAAAGCAAUUUAAGCGAAAAGACAAACUACGGGAGCAUAUGCAAAGGAUGCACAAUCCUGAGAGAGAAGCCAAGAAGGCUGACCGCAUCAGCCGCUCCAAGACCUUCAAGCCUCGAAUUGCCUCCACGGACUAUGACAGCUUCACGUUCAAGUGUCGCUUAUGCAUGAUGGGCUUCCGGAGACGAGGCAUGCUGGUGAACCAUUUAUCAAAGAGGCACCCAGAUAUGAAGAUAGAAGAAGUGCCUGAGUUAACUCUGCCCAUCAUCAAACCCAACCGUGAUUAUUUCUGUCAGUAUUGUGAUAAGGUUUACAAAAGUGCUAGCAAACGGAAAGCCCACAUUUUGAAGAACCAUCCAGGAGCUGAGCUCCCACCAAGCAUCCGGAAACUUCGUCCUGCUGGCCCUGGAGAACCAGACCCUAUGCUGAGCACCCAUACUCAGUUGACUGGCACAAUAGCUACUCCUCCUGUCUGUUGCCCCCACUGCUCCAAGCAGUACAGUAGCAAGACCAAGAUGGUACAGCACAUCAGAAAGAAGCAUCCUGAGUUUGCCCAGCUCCCUAAUACAAUACAUGCUCCACUAACAACAGCUGUAAUCAGUGCCACCCCAGCCGUUUUAACUACCGACAGUGCAACUGGAGAGACUGUAGUGACAACAGACCUGCUGACCCAAGCAAUGACAGAAUUGUCUCAGACGCUUACAACAGAUUAUCGAACCCCACAGGGGGACUACCAGAGAAUUCAGUAUAUCCCUGUGUCACAGUCUACAAGUGGUCUGCAGCAACCUCAACAUAUACAGCUUCAGGUGGUGCAAGUAGCCCAGGCUACUUCACCUCAUCAGUCUCAGCAUUCAACAGUGGAUGUUGGUCAGCUCCAUGACCCUCAGACAUAUACCCAACAUGCUAUUCAGGUGCAGCACAUCCAGGUCGCUGAGCCUACCACCCCAGCUCCAUCUUCAUCCCAGGUAACUUUCUCCAUAUCUACUCACCAGGGUGGUCAAAAUGAAGAUGGCUUCAGAGUCCAUGAAGAGGUGGCUGGUCAGCCAUUGAGUCCAUCUGCCCAGCAGUCUCAGCCAGGGCUUAGCCCCUCUCAUAUGCAAGCCAACUCUUCAGCACAAGGGCAGACUCUCCAGCAGCAGCAACAGCAGAGUUCCUCAGUACAGCACACAUAUCUACCUAAUACCUGGAGCUCCUUCCGUAGCUAUCCAUCUGAGCUCCAAAUGAUGGCCAUUCCUCAGGGUCAGUACGUGAUUGCAGAGACAGCUGUUACCACUCCUGUUACCACUGUGAAUACUGGCCAAGUGAAAGCAGUUACUCAGACUCAUUUUGUGAUAUCAGAAGGUCAGCCAGAAAUAGAAGAAAAACAAACCUCAGCUCUCACCAGUGGAGUCCAGGUGGGCGUUUCGCAGCCAUCUACACAUGCUGAUGCCUUGGAGAGCCAAACGACUAACCCACCACAAACCACCCAGUACAUCAUCACGACCACCAAUGGGAAUGGAAACAGUGAAGUGCAUAUUACUAAAACUUAACCUUUGUCCCUGGAGUUGGAAUCAAGCAGUCCCAUUGUGUCUCCUGACUACCACUUAGCAAAUCUCAAACUUGGAAUUCUUUUUAAUUUAUUAUUUGCUCCAGAGUUUUGAAGCUAAAAGUUUUGAAGUUCUUGCUAGGAGGUUGACUUUAUAGCUGCAGUAAUCACAAAAAAAGAUUUGACUCUUAGGACUCCAUAGACAUACCGCCACGUAUGUAAUAGGCCAAGCGUUUCAGGGAAACUGUUCAGAGCAAAGGAGUUUUGCAGCAGGAGAAAAUACAGAAACUUUUGGCUUGUUUCUGAGUUGCUUUUGACAUACUUAACAAGCCUUACUUUUCCUUUGUGGAAGUACUUAAAUAGUAUAUUUAUUGUAUUCAUACCAAAGGGGGAAAAAUCCUGCCACGUUAAUGACUGUUGGCAGAACAUGCCCUGUAUCUUCCCAGCAUUGAUGCUACAAGACAAGGGGCAUUUUGCAGACUUGUUAGAGGUCAGAGCUGCUUCAUCUUCUGGUUUCAAGUCCUCUUCAUGCUGUAAACAAGGGAUCCUAGUAAGCAGCAGAAAUCAAUUGGUGAGCACUCCUGGCUAAUUGGUGGAAGUACAGAAAGACUUGACAGUAGAACCUUGAAGAAACUCUCGUUUUAAUUAUUCUCCUGACCGUCUUUUUUCACUUCCCCUUUGAAAACCAUUGGCUUGUUGGCAGUGUUCCACCUAGCCUGGAUUAUCCCAGUUUAGCUGACUGGGGACCAUAGUCUGCCCUGGUGGUACUAAGCCCCUCUUCUACCUGGCAUCAGGACAGUUGUCUUAUUGCCAGGAAAGUGGGUUUCCUGGAAAAAUAAAGUCCAGUAGUAGUACUUUAACCCUACAGAAGUGCUUUGCCUUCCAUUCUACAGUUGUGGUUGUAUCAGGAAGGGAGCAAAGAUAAAGGCAGAAUUGUCAAAAACUCUUGGAUGGUUUUAAAGUGAUUUCAGUGCCUUUUCAGUGCCCAUCAGGAUCCAUUUCCUGGUCAUUGGUGAAGGAUGGAUUCUUUCUUUCCUCAUCCCAGCUGUACAAUCAACUAGCCGCUCACAGAAAUGCAUCGUGUUUUCAUUCUUUUUAGUGCUGUCCUAAAACGAACAUUCAUUCGGGAAGGUUGGAGGGAACGUUGGCCGUCCUUAUUUCCUACACAUUUCACUUUCAAUUUAUUGUCAUUCUUCUGGACCUUUUUAUUGAAUGACCAACUUUGGACUCAGGAAAAGUAACAAAUGUCAGGGGACCACUAGUAAUAAAGACAUUAAGGUAAUCAGCAGGAAACACUUGAUCACCUGAUGUUUGCGUAUAGACUAAACUGUUAUUUUUGACAUGGGAGGAAAAAAUAAAAACGAAACCUGUGUCUUGAUGACAGUUUUUCUUGCAUUUGCUCCUGUUCAGGAGUCUUACUUGGGGUUAAAUAGAAUAUGAAAUUGAUAGGGAAGGGUGAUUUUAUUUUAAAAAGUCAUUCCAGGAAUUGUAUGUAUAAAUCUAUUUCUGAAAUCAGAAUGUCUUAGCAGUCCUUUGCGACACAACUACUGACAGAUUUUUGUGAAUAAUUAUCCUUCAGUAGACCCUAUAUUACUUUCCACAACAGAGAAGUUAUACUUUAAAAUGGAGGUAAUUAAAUGAAGUUGCAAUUUGGUUAAUUUCCUGUGACAUCUUGGGUAUGUCUGGCACUACAAAUUGUUAGUAAACUUAGCAGCUAUUUUGCUUAGGUCAAAUUAUUUGGUGCCAAGGAAACCUGGAUAACAGACAAUUUGGUCAUAUUUUCAAAUAACCUUGCAAACAUGUAGAUUUAUACUUACUCAGUAGAAUUAUUCCUGAAAGCUUGGUAUGCUGAGGAUUUGGUAAAUUUGUAGUAAUAGGAAGUCCAAGGUUUCUGAGAAUACCAGAGGUACAGUAUUAGUCUUUUCAAAUUGAAAUAUUGGGUAAAUGCCAGUUUUGCACAAAGUCACACAAAUUUAGUGAUUCACAUGAUUAUGCUCUCUGACAAGACCAUAUCUGAAAGUUGCAGACUUACUAGAGGUUCAAUUUUAGGUUCUAUAACUGAAGUUUGACCUUUGUGAUUACUUAUUAAUUUUGUUGCAAGCAGAGUAUUGUUUUUCAUCCCUUCAACAUCCCUACCCACAAACCCAAAAUAGAAAUUUUCAUUGGCUAAAAUUGAAAACCAUCACUGAAUGGUAUGUUUGUUUUCUGCCAGUUUUAUUUUUUUUUCAAGUUUUAGAUUACUCAGACAAGGAGGAAAACAUUGUGGAAAGGGUCUUGUCUUUUUUUUUUACUGAGGUGCUUAUCCUUUUGUGGAAUCACAAAGGAAUUCCAAACUAUUUUGUGUAUUAUUAACAUGUGGUGCAGGUGGCAAUCAAACCAAAUAACAUUCCCUUAAGACCAACUCUUCUGCUUAUUGGUCCAUUCCAGUGGACUUAGUUUUGAGAAGAUGGGAAACAGUAAAAGACCUAGGAGACCUGGUUCAGAAAAACUCUAUACCCAGGAUUUACAUUGUAGCCACUUUCAAACCUUGACACUGUAGGAGCUACAGUGUGAAAAUUUAAAGGGAGAUUCCUUUGGGAUUUUGGAUUAUUUUGUUUAAUUAAUUGUGCCCACAUGAAUAAACAUUUUCAUCAUGUAAAAAUACUGCUGACACUUAAAAAUUUGGGGUUAGAUCUUGUUUAAGUGAUUUUAAGACCUGGGAUGACCAUGCCAGGUACUUGUCAUAUGCAUCCAAGGACCUAGAAGCUCUUUUCUUAACAGGAUCUUUCUUCCAAGAACUGCUAAGACAUCUAGGACUAAAUGGCAUUUCACAAGAUGCUAAAGCUGACCUACUGGUUGAAAAUAACCCUGUCCUGUUAUUUAAGCGUGAAUGUUUAUUGUACAUUCGGUGAGUUAUAGUGUUAAUAGUCUUGUGCUAUCCAGCAGGUGUAAAAUUAAUAAAUAUUUUCUUUUUUUAAUAAACAAGAUGCUUUUUGUGUUUGUGGAGCAGUAACUGCUUUCAGUUAGAAUCAGUUGCAAUAGAACAGUUGCAAUCCCUUUUUAAAAGGCUAUCUAUCAGAUUUAAGGCAUUUUGAAUCAUUGCUUAAGCACAGACUAAUAAUACCCAUUUGCUAUGGGAUUCCCCUGAAACUCAAAAUAUUGCUUUCUAUUUGAAAGAUUCCCAAACUGCAGACAAAGAUUGUGAAUUUGGGGACUUACAGUGAAAUGGGAAAUUGGGCUUAUGUGCAAUACUUUAAUUAGGUGGGUACAGAUUCUAAUCUAGGUGGGAGAGGUUGAUCUUGUUGAUCUAGGCACCCAUGCCAGAUUAGGUAGCUGUAUAUCUGUAUAAAGAUUUGGGGCCAGUGACUAAUUUGGAUGGAGACACCAUGUUCAACCAAUAUGAAUCCUUAUUUCACUCAAGUCUUCACUCCUAGCAUAACCAUUAUCCUCAAAAAAUAGAAAUAAGUACCACGGUGCCUAUAGCAUUGUAAGAAGUUAAUAAUACUAUGUCACAUUUUAAAAAUAGAUUUAGUUGAUUUUUUUUUGUUACCUAUGUUUCUCCUUGUUUCCUCUCCAGCUCAUGUGUAUAUCACAUUUUAUUGACAGUUUAUAAUGUACUUUCUUCAUAUGCUGUGAGGUGGCUUGUGCAAACAUCAACUACAUUUUACAGAUGGGAAAACUGAGGCUCCAAGAGGCUGCAGCUUUCCUGGGUCCCGCAGCCAGACUUUGAAAUCCAAAAGAUUUGUUUUUCCUGAUCCUAACUAAAUUAAUCUUAGGAAUUGGGGCUAAAUGCAGGAAUUUUGUACAAGCCCCAGACACACCUUGGGAACAUAAAAUUUAAGAAUUUGGGAACAAGGUUGGGUUAGCACUUACACAGCAGCCACUCUUUUGUUCCCCCACCCAAAGCCCUUCUGUAGUUAUGGCUCGGUUAGGAUGGGGUUAAGUGAAAAGGCAAUGAAUGGAUCUAAUCUAUACAAAUAAAAUAUUUACUUCGUAAUAAAUGUUCUUUUGGCUCUGUGUCUCUUUGUCCUUAACU